AGCGCCCAGGCGCGACCCCGCCCCCGCCGGCCGUCACCCCGCCCUGUCGCGAUAACCGAUUGUCAGCCUGGGCAGUGCUGCCCUGUCUGAGAAUGCAGACAGGAGGAGUGGGCGCCAUGGCAUGGGGGCCUGGCCUCUGACCAUCAUAGCAGGGGCGUGCGCCCCUCCCAUGAUGGGGUACAAGCCGAGUGCCCCUCUCUCACUGGUCCAGAGGCAGCGUCUGCGUGCUGACCUGGCUUUAGGCGGUGUGCUGAGGGUCCUGAGUGAGGCCACUGGUUCUGGCAGGCCACAGGCUGGGGGAGGGGUCUGUGUCCACCAGCUGCACAGAGACCCUAGAAGCCCCACAAGGGAGCCUCUGCCCACCCUACCCCACUCUGCAUCUUAUGCCCCCUCUCCUCACACACCAAUUCGAGUGGGCCAGGUCUCUUCCCCAGACUAGGAGCCUCCAGGGCCUGGUCUGAGUCAUCCCCAAGCCCAGCAUGGGUCUUCCAUCCUAGUGAGUACAGAUAGGCUUGUGGCCACCCAAAGGGGCUGGUUUGGUCCCCAGCCUCCAGGAAUGCAGGACCCAACAGGAGGCUGGCCUGGGCACCCACUGUGAAACCCAGAUGAGGUCAGGGUUAAACAGAGAUGGAGACCCCGAAAGUGGGGUGGGGUUGGGUAAUCAGGUGGGCUGGAAACUGUGGAGCAACCCUGCUGGGGCCUCACUGGCUUGAGAACAGCCAUGUUUAGGGGAGAAAAGAAGGGCCCAACUCUGGCACCAGGGUGCCAUCGGUGAAAGGGGGAUCAUACAUGGGGUAGAUUCUGGGUGGAACCCUGAAGUACUAGCCCAGGGUGUGGCAGGCAGGCCAGGUACAGCCCAGCAGGUGGGGUGGGGGCCUGGAAUCACUGGCUGCCUAGUGCCUAUCUCCUGGCCGAUACGCACCCCACCUUGGGACAAGUGAGGCUCUUGGGGUGGGACCUCAUCAACCUCACCCUGCCAGUGAGGGGCUCCCCAGAGAGCCCAAGCCAGGAACUGCCUUUCCAUCACCAGUGGGUCAGACAAUGCCUGAGAUGCAGAGACACGUGCAGCCAGGCUAUUGUUUGAGGGAGAGAGAGAGAGAAAAGGCCUGGGAGACCAGACCCCACGGCUUCUCCUGGGCCUGCACGCACUUGGAAUCGCUGGGCUGGGCAGUUGCUGCCCAGCACCACCCAGGGACCCCUCCUGCUGAGGUAUGAGCCCCUGCAGGCCUGAGUCUGCCCUGCAUUCAAGGUCAGCUGGGAGCCAGCCUCACCCAUCUUCAGCCCCUAGAACCUGAGGGAGAGGGCACUGUAUAAGCAGAGGAGCCCCAGGAGCAGGGCCAGAGAGCCCGGUGUUUGGGGAAGGCUCCUGCGGGUCUGGAGGGAGCAUUGUGGCUUCACUGUUACCAUUGUUGGUGUUACUGAGCUUCCGCCUGUCCACACGGGCUGUGGAAGGGGCUGAGGGAACUCUGGUGGCCCUCUUUGCUUCUGCCUCAUCUCAGGCAGUGGGGAGGGCUCUGGCGGCCUUCUGUGUGUCCUCCUCCAACCCCCACCCAGUCUCAGACAGUUAUGGGGGCUCUGUUGGCUGCUUCUAGAGCUGACGGGUGAUUCUAAGAAUGGAAAUGCCUCGAGAGUCUCAGGCUCCAGGAGGAGGUGGGCGCAGCUGUGUCUAGGGCUUGGGAAGCCCUGAGGGAAAUUUGUUGUGCUUCAGGACCAGAGGAAGGGGGUGGGGUGGCAGGGUCCCUUCCUUGAGGCUCCCUCAUGGAGUUCACCGGCCCUGUCUAGACACAGUCUGAUGAUGGGGCAGGCAUGUGGGGAGCUGGGAGUGAGACUCACCUUCCUGACGUGGGCCUCCCCAGAGGCUGUGCCUUACCAAAGGGGAAACUGAGUCAGUCUGGGAGUGACAGACUCUGUUAGACACCAGGCUGUGGAGUGCUGAGGCUCUCGCUCAGCUUGAGGCCCAGGUCCAGGUCUGUCUUCCUGGAGCUGCCCUGGGCCUGAAAUGUCAGCCUUUUGGGUGGGUGCUGGGCUGAGGGCCAUGUCUAAAAUGGGCCCACGGUGGAGGCAGAGUGGGACUCAGCCCAGAGGCUUCCUGUAGGUCAGCAUGAUAGAGGGCUGGAGCUAGUAAAGAGGCUUUUUCAGGGCGAGGCCUGGGGUCCUAGCUGGGAGAUCUGGGGCCCCAGUGGCUUCCCUCUGCUCUCCACACUCUCCUCCAGGAUGAAAGGCUCUCCUGUUCCCGCUGUGGGCCCACCCCUCCUCCUCAGGUGCCAGUGGCCUCUGGGCCCCAAAGCAGUACCACGAGCUUAGACAAGGGGACAGAGGCUCUUCAAGCAGGGACGGAUGGGGGAGAGUUAGGGGGCCGCCUGUCCCUGCUGACACACUGUCUAGGGGGCACAUCUCUUCAUACCCCACCCAGCUCCUUGCCAGACCUCCCCUCCAGCCCACCUGGCGCUGGCGUUUUUAGAUUCUGGUAGGGUACUAGGGAGAAUGGUAAGGGUUUGGUGGCUCAGGAGACCACUGUGGACCCUGGAGUGGCUACAUGGGGGUUAGGGCUGAGCUGACUGGAGCUCGCCAGUCCCCAUGUGCCUAAUUCUGUUGGUCAGAGCAGGUGGAGAAGCUCAGAGGGAAUGCCCACAGGGGCCCAUGCCAUACACCUCCACCUCUGCUGUCAGGGUCUGCCUGGAGAGACAGAUGGGGCAGCGCAGCCCGUGAGUGGCUAUCAGGUUUGUGGAGUGACAUGCUGGCCACAGCUUCCAAAUUUCCUGAGGUAGAGCGGGGGUAGGCGGCUAGUACUCUCAUGUUCCUCUCCCUGCUCCAAGUCUCCUUGGGCCUGGGGGUGGGGGCAGGUCCAGGCUGUGGAGGUGGGCUCUGAUUCACGUGGAAGGUGAGCCCUGCCUUUGCCCGGUUCCACCAUGUGGUCUUGCGGGCCACGCCAGUUAAGAAUCCCCAAACAUACAAACACACAUGCACACGCACAAAGAGGAGGGAGCAGGUCAGCCCCAAGCAGAGGGUAGGGGGCAGUGCCGGGAGGGAUGUGUCCCUGAGUAGUUGGGGCGCCGUGACACCGCGGGCGGUUUUCGCCGAGUCCGCGGAGAGAGCGGGGUGCAUGAGCCGGUCCCGCGUGGGUGCGCUUGUGGCCCAGGAGCAUCCUCCGGCGCCCUCCAGCGAGCGGAAGCCGUGCCGCACUUUUGGUGGGGAGCGAUGCAAUGGCCUUCCCGCCCACCUCUCCACCUCUGUUGUCCCGACGCCUGGAUUGUGGCUGCGGGUCCGGUAGCGGGGCUCCCUGUCCUCACUGCGCGGCGUCCCCUUCGUGCUGUACUCAGCCCUGCCCUCUGCGGCAGCUUUCCGGUGGCUCCUCCCGCGGCCCAAUUUCCAGGCGACCGUUUCCCGGCGACAGAGCGAGCGAGGCGGUCUCUGCGCGGAGCCCCGCCUCUGGUUCGCGUGCAGAGCGCGGCCGGCAGUGGCUGUGACGCCGCGCGGCUCAGGGCGGGUCCGCAGAGGCAGAGAGAUGGCUCACACGGCCUUCGGGGUCAGCGGCACCCCGGGUGGUCCACGUCCCCUCUCUGGGCCUCAGUUCCCGUGCCCCUAAAACGGGAGCGAGAACAGGGCUUCGAGGGAGUAGCGCCUAAGUCCCUCAGGACACAGGGCCCCUGUCGGCCUGACCCGAUCUGGGGUCCCAAGGUGCAGUCAGGGUCUGGGGGGUCGCUGCGAUGGAUUCUCUGGCGGCACCCCAGGACCGCCUGGUGGAGCAGCUGCUGUCGCCACGGACCCAGGCCCAAAGGCGGCUCAAGGAUAUUGACAAGCAGUACGUGGGCUUUGCCACACUGCCCAACCAGGUGCAUCGGAAGUCAGUGAAGAAGGGCUUCGAUUUCACACUCAUGGUGGCAGGUGAGUCGGGCUUGGGGAAGUCUACACUGGUCCACAGCCUCUUCCUGACUGACCUGUACAAGGACCGGAAGCUGCUCAGCGCCGAGGAGCGCAUCAGCCAGACGGUCGAGAUCCUGAAGCACACGGUGGACAUAGAAGAGAAGGGCGUCAAGCUGAAGCUCACCAUUGUGGAUACUCCAGGCUUCGGGGACGCUGUCAACAACUCUGAGUGCUGGAAGCCUAUCACUGACUACGUGGACCAGCAGUUUGAGCAGUAUUUCCGCGAUGAGAGUGGCCUCAACCGCAAGAACAUCCAGGACAACCGGGUGCAUUGCUGCCUGUACUUCAUCUCUCCCUUCGGGCACGGGCUCCGACCAGUGGACGUGGGUUUCAUGAAGGCUCUGCACGAGAAGGUGAACAUCGUGCCCCUCAUUGCCAAAGCUGACUGUCUGGUCCCUGGCGAGAUCCGGAAGCUGAAGGAGCGGAUCCGGGAGGAGAUUGACAAGUUUGGGAUUCACGUGUACCAGUUCCCUGAGUGUGACUCGGACGAGGACGAAGACUUCAAGCAGCAGGAUCGGGAACUGAAGGAGAGUGCACCCUUCGCGGUUAUUGGCAGCAACACGGUGGUGGAGGCCAAGGGACAGCGGGUCCGGGGGCGACUGUACCCCUGGGGCAUCGUAGAGGUGGAGAACCAGGCACACUGCGACUUCGUGAAGCUGCGCAACAUGCUUAUCCGCACACACAUGCAUGAUCUCAAGGACGUGACUUGCGACGUGCACUAUGAGAACUACCGUGCGCACUGCAUCCAGCAGAUGACCAGCAAAUUGACCCAGGACAGCCGCAUGGAGAGCCCCAUCCCCAUCCUGCCACUCCCCACCCCUGACGCUGAGACAGAGAAGCUCAUCAGGAUGAAGGAUGAGGAGCUGAGGCGCAUGCAGGAGAUGCUGCAGAAGAUGAAGCAGCAAAUGCAGGACCAGUGACCCCACCUCAGCCCCACCACUGCCAUGGAUAUACUGCCAGUUUCUGGGCUGGCCCUUCCCACCCCUGGACCCUGACCAGCCUGGACUUGACCCUGGAUUCAUCUGGAUCUCCGACAGGCCUGGAUGCAACCCCAAUCCCAGAAUGGCCUAGACCCAGACUGUUCCUGACCUGACCCAGAGACUCAGGGUCACAACCCCCAGCCAAUCCUAAUUUAUUCUCAGCAUCAGCCCCUCCUCUCAUUUGUAUCUCCUUCCAUGGGGCCUGGGCAACAGCCCCCACAACGAAGCCCCCUCUGGCCUUGGGGGAGCAGGAACUAGGUUGAGCUGUGACUUUUGAGAUCUCUCCAAGUCAUACAGAAGGUCAUACUCAGACUCUAGUCCCUACUCAGGCAGGCCUGUAAACCAAGGCAGAAUAGGGGAGCAGAUCCCCAGGGUCUUGGACCUAUUCCCCUACCCCAGUGCUGCAGCGUGGACUUAGGAGCCCAUUUUCCCUGCUCCUGCUGGCCGCCCAACAUAUGCUGAGACCUCACGUUGUGUGGACGUGGGCCAGGUUCUGUCUUCCUUCCUCACCAGUAGGUCAGCAGGCACGUGGGGCUGCAGAAACACUAAGGCUCCAGACCUAAGGAGGCCAGCUGGCUAUAGGCAAGGUUGGCUGGGGCUGGGAUGCCUGUGGCUGGUAUGCCUGUGAUAGGCCCCGCCCCACCCCCAGGGCUGUCGCCUUUGGAGAGCUCCAGGAGCAGUGCGGUUGGCCAUGCCCUGGCAAACCCCAGGCCUAGACUGCAUUCCCUGUCUGGCACUGGAGGUCCCUUCUCCCCAGCAGCACUGUUGCCCUGAGUUCCCUAGCCCUUGCUCCACCUCCAUCCCUCCACUGGCAUGAACCCUUCCCCGAGCCCCCUUUUCCAAUUCAGUUGUGAAUGCCGUGUCCUGUCCUGGUGACAGAACAAUGUUGGUAAACGUC